AUGAAUGAGGAGAUGAAUAGGGCAGAGGCAAGUGGUGAUGAGGUUCAGGAGGAACAAUUUCCCGAAGGAGGACAAGGCUUUGACUUGAGCGCGGAUGAUAUUUUGAACCAAGUUUGGGAAAGUGUGGAAGAUGCAUAUGAGUUUUAUCGAAGAAGAGUGAGCAGAAGUGAAAAUGACAGAUGUGGCAAAGAUCACAACAACAGGAUGCAUGCGUAUGGAAUUGAGACAUCAAAACUUUUGGGCUACAUGGCUGGUAUGUCAAGGGGAUACUCUUUUCUGGGAUUUUUGAAAAAGGAUGCGUACAACUAUGCUAACAUGAUGAGGCGGUCAAGAAUAGCUGACGAUGAUACGAAUGCAACAUUGGUUUACCUUGAGGGAAAGGUUGCAGCUAACCCUAUGUAUGUUGCACGUUACAACCUCGCAAAAGAUGAAAGGCUUGGUAACAUGGUUUGGGUUGAUGGGCAUAGCCGGUCUGAUUUUCAGUGUUUUUGA